AUGUUUGGCGGAAAGAAGUUCGUGCCUCCACUUUUAAAGAAGCCGGCACCAGCGGCAGCAGGCACGGAUGAUCAACCUGCGGCGAAGCGUGCGAAGAUCGAGCCCCUUGGUGGUGGGAGAUCAUUGAAACUUGGGGGACCGAUUAAGAGGAAGCCGCUACUGCUCCUUAGGAACCCGGAGCUGGGGGCUGCAGUCGCGGCGGGGGAGGAGAAAGGGGAGGAGGGUGCAGCGGGGGAGGCUUAUUUUCGUGUGCUGUGGAGGAAACCGACGACGAAGAAGCAUAAGACGUUUGAUGGCGACGGGGUUUUGGCGAUUAGUGGGGGGUAUGCUGUGCUUCAGGAUACUAGCGGGAAGGAUCUCGGGAGAACAAUGUUCAAGCGAACCCUCGAAGUUGGGUCGACUACGUUCAUCGCCGGGAAGGAGAUUGAAGUCGAUUCGGUGCUUUCGAGGGAAGAGUACCUUGCCGGCAGACCGUUUUUGAAGAGCGCUGCUCCACCUCCACUCCCAUCGCCUCCGUCCACUACAACGUCGACAGCACCGCAGAAGGAAACGUUCACAGUCGUAGCACCGGGGAAUUUCUUCGGUAGCAAGUUCAAGACCCCACUCCUCAGUUCCACUGUUAUGGGAAGGACCCAUUCGAAAGUGCCAACACCUAGGCACGAUCCGAAAGCGGAGGGUGCUCUUGUAAUGCCCCGCCCCAACGAGAAGAGUGUACCGGCUGGAAAAGUCGUCGUGGACGUUGUUGUCGACCCGUUUAUUUCGCACAGCCUGCGGCCGCAUCAGAGGGAGGGUGUGAUGUUUUUGUAUGAGGCCGUGAUGGGACUUAAGCCUUUCGAUGGACGGGGAGCGAUUCUGGCGGACGAGAUGGGGCUGGGGAAGACUUUGCAGACUAUGUUGGUUCCAUUAUGGAUGCUAAUUGAUGUAGAACAAAAUCCGAUAUAUGGCGGUGGGCCGGUUGUCAAAAGAGCUCUUAUUGUAUGUCCUGUGACAUUGAUCAAUAAUUGGAAUAAAGAGUUCCGGAAGUGGCUGGGUAAAGAGCGGAUCGGCGUGCUUGUGGCCGAUUCGAAAACGAACAUUAGGGACUUUACCCAUGGGAAAAGCUAUUCUGUUAUGGUCAUUGGUUACGAGAAGCUACAAAAAGUCCAACAGGAAUUAAGUGCUGCCGAUGUUGACAUUGUCAUUGCCGACGAGGGGCACAGGCUUAAGACUGAGAAGAACAAGUCUGCGCAGGCUAUCCGGGGAUUGAAGACUAAGAGGAGGGUCGUCCUUAGCGGUACUCCGCUGCAGAAUGACCUUCAUGAGUAUUUUAUCAUGGUGGACUUUGUCAAUCCUGGACUGCUUGAGAGUUACUCGACUUUCAAAAAGGAGUUUGAAAACCCGAUUGUUCGAAGCCGACAACCUGGUGCUUCGAAGAAGGAUGUUGAGAAAGGGAAGGCGCGGAAUGAAGAGCUUGCCAGUUUGACAAAGUUGUUUGUGCUCCGCCAUCCCCAAGGCAACUUAAGGUCUACAAGAGCAUUCUGGGGUCUUCCGCCUUUAAAGCUUUGCAAUUCGCCGGGGCUAUUGGCUGAUAAGCCAGGGAAAGAAACUAACGAGAAUGUCAAAGGUCUCUUAGCAGGAGUCAAUCCCAAGCUACUCGAAUCCAAGAGCGACUCGCAUAGCGGGAAGUUUAGGGUUCUUGAGCGCCUUCUCCUGGCCUUGAGGAAUACCACCGACGAGAAGAUUGUGCUGGUAUCGAAUUAUACUUCUACGCUCGACUUGCUGCAGAAUCUCCUCCGCUCUAGAGGCCUUAGCUACUUGAGGCUUGACGGAACCACUCCGACCAACAAAAGACAGGAGCUUGUCGAUCAGUUUAAUCGGACCAAUAGUACUACUGCUUUUGCGUUCCUACUAUCUGCGAAGAGUGGUGGUGCAGGUCUUAACUUGAUUGGAGCUUCUAGACUCGCCCUAUUUGAUUUGGAUUGGAAUCCAGCUACGGAUGCCCAGGCCAUGGCGAGAAUUCAUAGAGAUGGUCAAAGGAGAGAGGUUAAGAUUUAUAGGAUGCUUACCACUGGAUGUUUUGACGAAAAGAUAUAUCAAAGACAACUCACAAAGAUUGGCCUGGCAGAUUCAGUCAUGGACCAGAAGGCUACCGCAAGUAGUUUUACUCUAGAGGAGUUAAGGGAUUUAUUCUCCCUCGACACGGAGACCAACUGUCUCACACAUGAUCUACUAUGUUGUGAAUGCGAGGGCAAAGGUUACGUUGCUGGGGCUGCGGAAACCAAGUCGCCGUUUUUCCAGCACAGCGAGGACGAGAAAGAAGAUAGUGACGAAGAUGACGAGCCGAAGUAUCCUGGGCUAAUGAAAGCCAGUGAGGUAGACUUUGAGAAGGUCGAAGAAGACCGCAAGAAGGCUAUGCAAAAGGGUAGAGGCGUUGGCGUGGACAAGAACCAGCUCAGUUCUCUGAUGGAAUACUCGCACAUUCUGACCACUCGUCUUCUGGGCAACAGGGGGAGGGGUGGGGAGGAAGACGACAAGGAGGAAUACGAUGAAGUUAGUAUCGAGGAUGAAGUAUUGGCGAAGGUUAUUAGGAAUGGAGCGGCGAAGGAGGUUAGCUUUGUUUUUCAAAAAACCUAG